AUGGGAGCCCGUCCACUAAGCAUCAGAACGCGCCUGAUUGCGAGUGUAAGCGACAGUAUGUCAGCCGUCAGCCUCCGCGCACUUGGCUGUAGCAGCCAGAUCAUGUUUCUGUCAAAUAGUGCUGGAAUAGCGGUAUCAGUAGUAGUAACAGUAGUAGUAGUAAAGGAUGCACCUGGAGAUGCAGGUGAUUCACAGCUGAUGAGUGCAAAGGGUGUUGGCAGAAGUGUAAGAGUUGUGGGCGAGAGGGGCGGGCGGGGCGCAGAU